AUUGUAAUAUUUAGUUAUCGGGCAAGCUUCGUAGUGAACGGUAAUAUUUUUCUAAACCAGCGCGAUUUCAAACGUCUUUCAUGUUUUAUGCGAACAAAGCAUUUUAUUAAAUUUGAUUGAUUAUUAACUUUUAUUUUGAACAAAAUGUUACGGCGUUAUCUAAUGCAAUAUGAAGCAGUUAUCGGGCGUAGGUUGAGUGCCAAGUCGUUGAGGAGCUACGCAGUGGCACCACAGGCACAAGAACAGAUAAAUGACACGCCCUAUUCAGCUGAUGCACUGGAAAAUGCACGUCCCUAUUCCGAGCUCUCUGGUCCGAGUGCAUAUGAGGUAAUACGUGGAUUUUUGCCCGGCGGUGAGUUCUAUAAGAAGCCGUUUAUUGAAGGCAUGAUGGAAUUUUCCCUCAGAUAUGGCGAACUCUUUCGUUUUCCGGCUAUGCUUGGUAAACCAGAAAUGCUUAUGGAUCUUAAUCCAGCUGAUUAUCCCAUAAUAUUUCGCAAUGAAGGCAUAUGGCCGAAACGACGUGGUCUCGAAACUUUCACUUAUCAUCGCGAUGUACAUCGUGCCGAUUAUUUUCAAGGAACGCGUGGACUUAUCACAUCCGAUGACGAGGAUUGGGCCAACUUUCGUACUGCCGUCAAUCCGGUUUUAAUGCAACCGAAGAAUGCGAGACUCUACUUGAAUACGAUACUGGAAAUUAAUGAUGAAUUUCUUGAAAGAAUCCGUCACAUACGCGAUCCGCACACACUCGAAAUGCCCGAUGACUUUCACGAUGAUUUGAAUCGUCUCACAUUGGAAGGUGUUGUAGGCAUAGCGCUCAAUACGCGUCUCGGCAUGAUACAUAAAAAUCGCGAUUCACCCGAAUGCAAAUUACUAUUGAAAUCAAUACGCAAUUUCUUUGAUUAUUCCGAAGCGCUUGAGAUAAAGCCUUCGAUUUGGAAAAUAAUCAAAACACCGACUUUCCAUAAACUCAUGAAAUCGCUGGAUACACUAACGGAAAUUUGUAAUAAAUACAUUGAUGAAGCAUUGAAACAAAUCGAACAAGAUAAAGAUGGUAAACUCACCACAGAGGUGGGUAAGGAGAAAAGUGUUUUGGAGAAACUUCUACGCAUUGAUCCCAAAAUCGCCGUUGUUAUGGCGCUCGAUAUGAUGAUGGCCGGCGUUGAUACCACCAGUUCCACUUUAGCGGGCAUACUCCUUUGCAUUGCCAAAAACCCCGACAAGCAACAGAAACUUUUCGAUGAACUCCAACGUAUUCUACCACAUAAGGAUUCCAAAUUGACCAUAGAAAAUAUGCAAAAUCUGCCUUAUUUACGCGCUUGUAUUAAGGAAGGUAUGCGCUAUUACCCCAUUAUAACUGGCACAAUGCGUCGCCUACCCAAUGACGUUGUCUUGAGUGGUUAUCGUAUACCAGCGGGUGUCGACAUCUCCAUUAGCUCUAAUUUGAUAUUGCGUAAUGAGAAAUUUGUUGUUGAGCCAAACAAAUAUAUACCCGAACGUUGGGUACGCAAUGAUCCGGAGGGUCGGAAAUAUCACAUUGAGAAUCCAUUCCUUUUUCUGCCCUUCGGUUUCGGUCCACGCAGUUGUGUGGGUAAACGUAUUGUGGAUCUGGAAUUGGAGGUCACCCUAGCGCGUUUAGUGCGUAAUUUUGUGAUUGAAUUUAAUUACUCCACGGAGAAGGCUUUCAUACCGAAAAUUGUAUUCAUACCCGGAAUACCGCUGAAUUUUAAAUUCGAGGAAAGGAGGGAAUGAAAUUAUAAUUCCUAUAUACUAUAUAUAUAUCUAUUUGUUACUGAGCAGUAUAUACCAGCACGGAUAAAUUUGUAAAAAAAAGUGCCUAUUCCAGUUUUAACAAAGAAGUGAUGCCACCUAUAUACAUAGAUUAUGCGAUAACAUCACAAACAUAAAUAAUUUUAAAAAAUAGUUUAAGAAACGAAGUGUAUUAUGGAGCAAUAAAUUAAUUUGAUAAAGAA